GCUGAAUCUUUUGAUACAUCCCCUUGUGUGUGGCUUUCUGUCUUGUGUCUUCUUUACAUACACGGUCUGUCAAAUUGUAAUAAAAAUGGCGCAUUCUUAGUCGUUCUCGCCUUUAUUUUUUACGUGAAAAGUGUUGAUAGAUCGCAUUAGGUGUGGAAACUCUUUGGAAAGUGUUUAACAAAAUGUGUUAGCCAAGUAAUCGCGCGCAUGCAGUGAUUAAUAUGGCAUUGGUGACAGUGCAGCGAUCACCAAGCACGACGGGCUCAUUACAAUGUUCUAUUUCGGAUGGUGAUGGAGAAGAGGAGGAAAGUGGAAGAUAUGACAAAAGCACAAGUGAAUGUUUUUUUGCUGGGAAGGGAACUGCAAUGGUCCUAUCACUUAAGGAUAUUCCGCCAAGUACAAAAAGACGUCUUAGCACCGAUUCCAAUCGUUCAACAAAUAGCUCAUCCGGUAAUAAUUCAGAAAUACAACAGCAUCUACAAUCUAUGUUCUAUUUACUACGACAUGAAGAAACUCUAAAAAUGGCAGUAAAACUGGAAUCUCAUCAUCCCGGUCGUACUCGAUAUCUGGCAAUUGUUUCUCGAACAACAUACAUGAGUAAUGAUUCGAAAGGAAGAAAAUCGACAUCACCGUAUAUGGAGAAACGCGAUAGUUCGAAAUCAUCAGAUGGUGCGACAGAGGAGACGGGACGAGAAAUCGAAGAGUCCUGCCUGUUGGGAAUUGAUUGCAAUGAAAAAACUACAAUUGGACUUGUUUUACGCAUUUUAGCUGAUACAACAAUACGAUUAGACGGAGAUGGUGGUUUUAGUAUAAGUGUCUACGGAAAAACGCACAUAUUCAAACCAGUAUCAGUGCAGGCGAUGUGGUCAGCGCUACAAACCUUACACAAAGUAUCACAGAAAGCUAGAGAGAAUAAUUUUUACCCAGGUGGUCCGUCUCAUGGCUGGGUAUCAUACUAUGAAAAUUCGAUAUCUUCAGAUCGAUCCUACUUGAAUGAAUGGAAUGCAAUGGACUCUAUUGAAAGUCGACGUCCGCCUUCACCAGAUGCCAUUAGAAAUAAGCCUACUAAACGUGAAGAAACGGAGCAAGUUAUUAAAAUGACAUUAAAGGAGAUUAUGAUGUCGGUCGAUUUGGAUGAAGUUACAUCAAAAUUCAUUCGGGGACGACUAGAGGAUCAUCUGGAUAUGGAUUUAGACGAAUAUAAGUCGUUUAUAGAUGAAGAAAUGCUGAUAAUAUUAGGUCAAAUGGACGCACCCACUGAAAUAUUUGAACAUGUAUAUUUAGGCUCGGAAUGGAAUGCCAGUAACUUAGAGGAACUUCAGAAAAAUGGAGUCCGACACAUAUUGAAUGUGACCCGUGAAAUAGAUAAUUUUUUUCCUGGAAUGUUUGACUACUGUAAUAUACGCGUGUAUGAUGAUGAAAAAACAAAUUUACUCAAACAUUGGGAUAAUACAUUUAAAUAUAUAUCUCGUGCCAAAGCUGAGGGAUCAAAAGUAUUAGUACAUUGUAAGAUGGGUAUUAGUCGAUCGGCAUCUGUUGUUAUUGCCUACGCUAUGAAAGCUUACAAUUGGAAUCUGAAAGAUGCUCUAGAACAUGUGAAAAAACGUCGUAAUUGUAUUAAGCCAAAUAAAAAUUUCCUUACGCAAUUGGAAACGUAUCGUGGUAUGUUGGACGCAAUGAAAAACAAAGAGAAAUUGCAACGCAGUAAAAGUGAAACGAAUCUGAAAAGUGUAAAGGAUGCUCGUUUACUGCCAGGCAGCGAGCCAACACCUCUUAUCCAAGCUUUAAAUAAAACAAAAUCAACAAACCCAGCAUCGCCAUCGUCCACAUCUUCACCGAAACGACCGCUACGUAGAUCGAAUAGUGCAUCGCCAAAAAACGUGCAAUCCGAUAUCAUAAAUACGAAACCGCAAAGUCAUUCAUUGGAGAACCUUGUAGCGAACAAGGUGGCGGAAGAGGCAAAAAACGUUCGGCUUCCCUGCAGUAACGGCCAGAACUACAGCGUUACACAAAAUCAAGUGCUUCAUAUCCAAAAAAAUUCAUCCCUCUCAUCUGUAAAAACAAUCGUAAGUGAAUUAGAGUCUAGUAGUAGCGAGAAGAAUAUAUCAACUAUUAACUUUAUGGCGUCGAAAUCAGAGUGGAAGGGUGGCACCCCUGUAACGAAUGUUGUCAUCGGUUCCACGUAUUCGGACGAAGAAUUUAGUGACCCGCAGGACAGAGCGACUGUGCAGUAUAGACGAAGUGAUAUGGCGGCGAAUAGCAAAAGGUCCUCAGUCUCAUCAACGGAUAAUCCAAUUUGGACAUCUUCAGCACAAAUCAUACAUCAAACUAUAACUUCUGCGGAAAGUUACGAACGAAGUAGCAUCCCAAGCUCACGACAAAGCUCCUGUAGCAGUGUCGAUUCGGCUGUUUUUUUAGGUUACGGCGGAGGCGAACGACGUGAAAUGAUUUCUAGGCAUUCUUCUUGGGGAUCCGGUGAUAAUCGUGUGCUUCCAUCAAGAAAUAGCUCUUGGGGUUCCUGUGAUACUAAUCAUCGAUUAAGCGAGCGUGCAUUCAAUUUGAAUGCAGCUGACACGGCAAUUUUCGAAGGUCAAAUCAUGCAUAGUGGUCAGCAUGACUCGAACUUAUUUAGCGGUAGUAAAUAUAUCCCCUAUUAUCCGGGGACUGUGAAACGAACAAAACAGAAACUUGAGGAGAGUACUCCGACAUUUUCGAAAAAAGUCUGCGAAGGCAGUCUGAAAGCGGCUAGUGCAAAUGAGGAUUUAACGCCACGUCGAGGCACUAAUACGACGUCUUACUCUCACCCACCAAGAGGACAAAACUUUAGAUGUAAUAGCGAAGAAAUAAUUCAGAAUUACAACCUGCCUACUGCGCACUCCUAUGGUAUGUUGUCAGUGUCUGCACCAGAAGCAUUUUCCAUGCCAAGUAAAAUUAUAGAAGACUCGAUAGCUAAGUCAAAGGGAUUACUUCAGCAAGAAGGUGGAGGAGACGGUAUGACACCGCCUAUUGAUAAAAUCGCUGGAACUGUUCAACACUUGAAAAUGAAUUUUGAAGCAAAAGCCAAUUCGUCAUCAUCACCAAUAACAGGGCAUAGUAGCAGUAAGAAAGGAAGUUCCUUGCCAUCGUCUCCGGUUGCGCCACACGAUGAAGCUCGAACGAGACUCUUCGACAAAACGAAGAACGAACCGACAAAGGAUUUGAGUGUUAAGGGAUUAGUAAGUAAAUAUCAAUCUCCCGAUUCACGGCCGGCAUCAUUCAAUUGCCAUAGAACACGACCAAAAUCAUUCUACGAUAGUCGUAGUAACGUCUUCCAUCAAAACGAAACCGGCAGCGGAGGAUGCAUUUCAAAAUAUCCCAUCAUAUCGCAAAAGGAGGGAGGUCACGUUACAAUAAGAAUUUCAAAUGAUUUGAGUAAACCACCACCAAUCCCACCGACAUUCAAAGCUUCAACAGCAGCCACCAAUAUUGUCGUUCCCAUGACAACAGAUAAAAUAAUUUCAUCAUCAUCGUCAUCAUCCACAACGUCCGCGCCAGCGUCCGUGCAUCUUCAUCACAGUUUUAAGAAAUCAACCAAUCAGCAACAAUUUGGAAAGACUCAUCCACUCGCAACGCUUAGCCUUUCUAAACCGCGGUUUAAUACAGCAGCCACUUACAAUACGAUGUAAUUAUUUCAAGUGAGUAUAGCAAAGAAAAAAAAUGAGAAAAAUAAUGCAAAAUAAGAUGAUAUAGAAUAUAAUAUGGAAUAUUUGUAUAAAAUGAGAAAUAAUGAGAUAAUUUUUUUUUAGUUUUAAGAAUUUUGGAACUGUAAAUAUUGUAAGAUUUUUUCUAUUUGUAUGUUUGUAUUAAAAAAGUAAUGUUUUGCUAUUGAAACUAUUAUUAUUAUACCUACCUAUAUAUAUAUGAGAGUAAGGCUUGAAUAUUUUAAUUACAAAAAGAAACUCUGUGUAUUAUCAAAUAAAUUAUUUUAAAGA